CUCAGGUGCUCUACUCUCGCAUCUUUCGACAUCAUCAAUUGCAACACUCGCGUGUGCGUACGAUUGCCUACGUAAUCACUCGAUUCUAGCACAAAUAGAAGGUCUACGCCAUGAUUGCCGUCGUUUUGCUGCUACUGAUUGACCCCGUUCUCGGUCUCCAGUGCUCGAAGAGCAAAUGCUUUCUCAAUAGAGCGGAGCAGUCGUUUUGCUAUCCGCCCCAAUUGCAAAGUACGACCGUCGAGUGUUCGCACACGUCACAGUGCGCACUCCGAAGGAAGAUCACGACGUUCUCGUGGGAGGAAGCAACGUUAGCCGAUGUCGCGAGCUUUGAAGGGUCUGGCAUGCAAGUUGGCUCGCGAGUUGGCUCGCAUUCUCAGAGUGAGAAUUCGAUCACGUACGAGAGAGAUUGUGUGAGUAACAAAUCGGAUUGCAAUGGCGGCUGGAAGUGUGUUGUCGCUGGAGAGACUAGGAGCUGUCGUGAGACUCUGUGUUGUAGCUCAUCAAUGUGCAACACAGACGCGAACUUCUCCAUUCCACUUAGUGAUAGUCUUCUCACGCGUUUGAGCGACGGUCAAUUGGGAGAUGUAGUCUACUUGUCAACUGCAGCGACGUCUGACAACAUCGGGAGCAGUGACGUCUCUGCAAGUCCUGCUGGUGUAAACGCUGCUGUGCGGAUGGCCGACAGUUUGAUUGCAUUGUUGCUCUCGAUUUUCCUGGUUGUGAUGUUUGCAUGCUGAUAGACGUUAGUAAAACUUUGGAAGGUGUCUCGAGAACUGAAAUUAGAGGAUUGUCUAGUUGAUUGCAUGAUAGUAUUAUUUCUUUAGCUUUACUAUUGAAUUUUUCAUAAUUUAGUAUCUAGUCUGUGUUGUCUGAUUUACUGAUUCAUGUUGUAGUAAAGUUAGCUAUGGCAUCCAUCUUUGGAAGUGCUGCACAGGCGUAGAAACCGUGUUACCCAAAGAAGGCCCAUAUUUUCCUUUCUUGGCUCAUGCUGGUACUACAUUUUUAGGUCUGUAAUAACUUGGCCAAUGUUGUGUGUGUGUGUGUGUGUGUGUGUGUGUGUGUGUGUGUGUGUGUGUGUGUGUGUG